AUGAAUAACUCCCAGCAACAUUCUAUUCGCUUUGCCAAGAAGCAGGUCUCGAGGAAGAGGGCGACAAAGGCAUGCCUCAAAUGCCGAAAGCGCAAGGUCAGGUGUGAUGUCACCCGCACCUCGACACCUUGCACCAACUGUCGACUCGACGGCUGCGAAUGCGUUGUCGCACGUCGCGCAGAUGCUUUCCCCGAGUCAAAUGGCCCUUCGUCAAUCGCCUCUAAUGAUCUCCUACGCGAUUGCGAGGCCGUCACAACGGCCGAGUCGCCAGCUUCCAGCAACGACAAUCCACCAAGUCCCAUCGAAGAGGCUUCCUCCACCCUACUAAACCUCGAAGAAAGCGAAUACAAAUCCCCACAUCAUCGCGACCGGGCGGAUAUCGAUACGCCAAUCAACCCAACGCCCGACAAUGUAUUCGAGGCUGAACGUAUGGAGGAAUUCACGCCAACGUCUUUUCAAUCCGCAUCGUCAGUCGUGACCAUCGAAGAACCAUGCGAACCUGUACGUUCCGAAUUAAAAGCGUUAUACUCGUCGAUGCCGUUCUUGAGAACGUUGAACAUGCGCGAUUGCGACUUCAAUCACCUCAACACCCAAGGCUGUUUACGCGUCCCGUCCAAGCCCAUCCUCGAUCAAUUCAUGAAACAUUACUUUUUAUAUAUCCACCCGUUAUUACCUCUUAUCAACGAAGCCGACUUCUGGAGCGCCUACGACCCAACACACUCAGAUAAUGCCAAUCCUGGUACACCUGUAUCGAUGCUUCUGCUGCAAUCGAUGAUGUUUGCGUCAUGCACCUUUGUCUCCAAGGAAAGUCUUCAAACUCUUGGCUUUUCAUCCAUUCUUCAAGCAAAAGAGUCCUUUUACACAAAAGCCAAACUAUUAUAUGACUUCUCUACCGACCCCGACCCCGUCUCUAUCGCACAAGCCGCCCUUCUCCUAACAUACUGGUGUCCAACCUUCCGCUCCGGUCCUCGAAAAGCAAAUAGCAGAUGGCUAAGAAUAGCAAUCCAGCACGCCAAAUCCUGCGGUGCUCAUCAAUAUGAAUCACCCACUUUUGGGUUGACCGUCUCGCAGCAGGACAUGAAACGACGAAAUGUUCUCAAGCGUGUCUGGUGGUGUUGCAUUAUUCGCGACCGUAUCAUGCCCAUUUGCGUGAGAAGGAAUAUCCAGAUCUCGAAUGCGCAUUUCGAUUUUUCAUCGUGCUCACCGCUGGGAUACGACGACUUGGUGGAUGAACUCGAGUCGUCGCGAGUUUAUAAUAUUGCUACCAAGCACAAGCUCAUUCUUGCUUUGGAAAGACUUACAGAGUUGUGUGUUACGUUGACGGAUAUUCUCAGUUUGGUCUAUCCGACUGAAAGUAUACCAAUAUUGGACGCCGACGCGCACUCAUCGGCUUAUGUGCAGGUGCAGGAGCACAAGAGAUCAUUGAGGUUCUGGGCCACUGCCACGAGACCACCUUUGGCUCUCAAGGAUCUUACACAAAACGCUGGACCACAUGAAGACUCUGCAGUGCUAUUUACCAACCUGGUUUGGAUUUACUUCCACGCGAGCCAAGUAGCCCUCUGCAACUACGAACUUCACCUAGGUCUCGUCUUGGGCCUCAUCACACAGAGACCAAAAGAAACGCAAUUCCUAAAAAACAACAGAAAAGAUUUAAGAAACGCCACAAAAAGCAUAGCAGAAUGCUUUGCCCGUUUACAUCCACACCGUCUAACGCGCUGGCUACCGAGCAGUGCAGUGGCAUGCACGGCCCUCCCGCUCGCCAUGCACAUGGUGGAUAUCAAAAUGUCCGCCGCCUCUUCAGCUGCCGAAAUUUGGUCUCGACCAGACGUCGCCUCGAAACAGUCACGGCUGAAUGUUCUCAUCCAAGUGUUUAGAGAACUCCACCCCAAAUACGACGGCGUGCAUUCCAUUUCCAAGACGAUUCGGUAUUUCAUGGAGUGUGUCGGUGUCAACGAGCCUACGCAAAUGAUGAUCACAAAUGACCAGACCGACGUCCUUGCACGAAGUCCCGCCCAGUAUCUACGACUUGCUUUAACAAUCGACGUGUGUCUGAGUCAAGAUCGUCUUGUACAAGAUAGCGACUUUCCCGCUGCUCUGAGACGUUUCGUCAGCAGAAAUCAAUCACUUAUGCCAAUACUUCUGGGCCAACCUAGCCUUCCAAUUCCGAUGCAAAUGGAUAGGCCAGUAGUUUUACCCCGUCCAGUAUCGCCUCGCCCGUUAUCACCCAAUACCUAUGCAAAAAGCUUCUCACGGUGGAUGGAGGAUGACCCAACGGUCAGCUUUGCACUUCAAAUGGGAAUCGAUGUCGGCACGCGGCCUGGGCUGGUACGAGAAGUAACAGAACGGGCCCAAAAGGCUUACUCAGAUAGCACUGAAGAGACGGAGACCUCGCCUGUGUCUUCAGACUCGCAGGCCGACGGUUCACAGGCUGAGGACGAGCAAGUCGACGAGACCGUUGAUAGGUCGAGCAGUGCCCCCAUGCCUGGUAUGACGGAGGAUUUGCUGCAGCGUCUACAGGGAGCGAUAAAUUGGGCGCAGAACGACCAGUCACUAGCGUUUGCGCAAGAUAUAGGUCUAUUUCCCGAAAGUAUGUGGGUGAAUCAGGGCUAUCUGUAA